AUGCGAAGGAAAUCAUUUUCUGAGACAUGGAUCUUCGACGUAUUCGUGACGGGCUUCAAGGGAUCUGCUGAUGGAUUGGCUCUGAAAUAUAAUAAUCUCUACGUUCGUUCUCCAAUCUUCGUUCUGAAUCAUCUUGUUUAUUUGAUUAUAUUUCUUUUUACAGUUGUUGCCUACCUUCUUCUCUACGUUCCAACUCGAUUCGUUGUUGCUCUUCUUCCUGUCUUCUGGUUUCUUCAAUUCGUUUCUUCUCUUCCUCAAUACGACGGAUUUCUUCCAAGCGGAGAGACUCUUCUUGAAGCCUUCGGAUCUCGUCAAGUCGCUUUUGUUCUUCUAGAAAAAGUUUGA